AUGGCUCACCCGUUGCCCCGCGUUGGUAUCUUCAACCUCCUCAUUCCCAUCGUCAUUCCCACGAUCAGGAUGAAAACCUCGAUGGUUUCAAUCGGCACCCAUCGACUCUCUUACUCUAUCAGUGGAACUUUACGGGGCCCGGAUGAUCUCCUGGUGGUAAUAAUUCAAGGGUCUGGCGACGUUGUCUCCAGCUAUGUAGCUCUAGAACCCCAAGUAUCUCCAUUCACCCAAAUCCUCCUCUACGACCGUUCCGGUCUAGGGAGAAGCGAAAGCGGACCAUGUCGCAUCACGGCAGCCACCUCCGCAGCAGAACUGUACCGUCUUCUUGAAGUCAUCCAGCAACAUGGUCCAAUCAUCCUCGUCGCCCAUUCCUAUGGUGGUCUUGUCGCAAGAGAAUUCCUCCAUCUCCACCCCGACAGAGUCUGUGGAAUGGUCCUUUGCGACACCGCAACUGAAACCCACGACAGUUUCUUUCGAGUUCCCGAUCCGAAUAUUGCUGCCGUACUUGGGAACCUGAAAUUCUCGCACGUCACCGGCUUGAGAGAAACCACAGUCUUAACGAGGGACCAAUGGCGACAAAGAGCCAUCGAUAUGGCUCGUGGUGUAACGACAGAACCGGCCUCUGUUGUGGAGGUUUGCCAGGCUCUUCGCGAGAAGCGACAAUAUGAACGACAGGCCUUAGGAGACAAACCUUUGAGUGUGGUUCUUUGCAAGAGCAUCACCGAGUAUGAGCGGAUCUAUGAAAAGGGCAUUGAAGCGGGUAAUGGAACGCAGGAGCAGCAGAUGGCGUUUCGGAAAACGUUGGAUGGGUGGGAUGCAGCUGCGCGAGAAAUGGCUGAGGAUCAGUUGCAGCUUUCGUCAAAGACGCGUUUUGUAUAUUUGCCGGACUGUGGGCACCAUAUUCAUCUUAUUCGACCUGAGAUUAUCGCGGAGGAGAUCAGGUGGGUGCUUAGAAUGGCACAGAAUAAAGAUACUCAGAAGCUUUGA